CACAACUAUCGGCGCACACGAGUAUGACGUCAUGCGCUCGGACCGAGCCGUGACCUGCUGCUCUGGCUAUGCUAGGGGCUCGUGCCAACAGAUGUUCCGCAGAAAAUACAAAGCUUGACCCUCGUCAUCAUGGAGUCCUGAAAUCUUCGGUCGUAAGGGACUCAUCAGGUCGCCUGAUUCAGUGGCUUGUUGUGCAGCAGAGGUCAGCGUUCAGUCACCGACCUGUCUGACCUCCCGAGCAGAGGGAGCGAGCAGAUGGGGAACAGUUGCUGUCGAGCUGAGAGUCCCUGUGGCAGCGCGGAGGAGAAAAGUGUUUUGCUGAAAAAUGAUUCAAAGACGACGGUGACCUCGGGUGAAACCACUGUGGUCGGCACUUGUGGUCCUGAAGGUGACGAUGAAAUAAGUAAAACCCCCAAUGAGGACAAAAUGAAGGUGGAGGUAAAAGCAGAGGCUGUGCUGGUGAAGCAGAGGGCUGAGGUUCCAGAGAGAGAGCUCAAUAACACUCAGGAGAACGGGCCCUCGCAGAGAGAAGCAACACAAACAGCAGCAGCGUCCUCUUCCAGGAAAGAAUCUGAACUCCUAGACGACUCCACCAGAGCACAAGAUGAAGAUUUGAAGGAGUGUCAUCCUGCAGAUGAUCGACCACCUGAACCUCAUCCAUGCACUUUAAACUCCCCUCAAAAAGAACAUGCUGAAGUUGAAUGGGAGGCCCCUCCAGCUCCAAACGCAGUAACAGCAGAAGAAAGUCCCGCUUCAGCACAGAACAAAGUCCUUGACAGCAUGCUGCUCACAGCCAGUGCAGCCUGCCCUGAAAACCACACUGAGACAAACAUGACAGAGCACAGCAAACAGAACACUGCUCCUGAUAAGGAUGAAGAAUCGGGCUCCAAGGUCACUAUUGAUGAUGCUGCCGCUGAGCCGUCGGGGGAGAUUUUUCAAAACAAUGACGUGCCAAACACUGAGCUCUGUGCUGCAGGUCUUCAGGUGUCGUCUGACUCUGCAGUCGGUCAGGAGGUCAACAGAGAGACGCAGAAAGAGUCUCCAAGUCGAGCUGUGACAGAGCAUUCAGAGAGCUCUCCAGUGUGCAGGGAGGCCGAUCCUAAAAUCACAAGAAGCCACGCUGCCUCUGAGUCUUCUCCUGGACCCGAGCCCGCGGGACUCGACCACAGUGAGGAACUAGACUCAGCCAACCCUGCGAGGGAGGCAGAGACCACAGCUCUGACAGAAGCCAGCGAGAGUUCAAAGCCUGAUCAGGAUGCACACCCAGAUCUUGACUUAAAGGAGGUCACUACCUGUGAGAAGGUUCAACUUGACGAGGAAAUAAAUCCAACCAAUCAGGGGAAAGAUGAAGAUGCGCCUGAAGUGAAGGAGGAAGAAGAGGGGAAGGAGGAGGUUGAAGCUCCAGCUGGGAAAGAUACUGAAGUUCAGGAGGUCACUGAUGAAGAGGAGCAGCUGACAGGGAGCACAUCCACGGAUGUGAAGGCAGAUGAGACGAUGAGACCAGAGAAGGAGGAGUCUUCUGAAGACGGACUGGAGAACAGUGAUGAAGACCUGUACAGAGGAGCCGAGGAGCUGCCGGUGUCACAGAAACAUCAACCAGCUGUGUCAGAACCUACAUUUUUAAAGUCAGAGGACAGAUGCAGUCUGGCACCGGCUGUGGAUAUUCUGUCUUACAGUGAGCGAGAGUGGAAAGGAAACACUGCCAAAAGUACCCUCAUUAGAAAGGGUUAUAAAGAGAUGUCCCAGAAGUUUGGCAGCUUGAGGAGAGUGAGGGGGGACAACUACUGUGCCCUCAGAGCCACGCUGUUCCAGGUGCUCUCCCACAGCACGCAGCUGCCUGUGUGGCUGCAGGAGGAGGACAUUACUAUGCUGCCAAAACAACUGGAAGCUCAGGAAGGUCUGAUCAGUCAGUGGACGUUUCCUGGCGAGUCUGUGCAGGGAGACGGAACAGGAGAUGCCAUCGCUCAGCUAAAAGGAUACAUGGAGCUCCUCAGAAAUAAGUGGCAGGCAGCAGUGGACUGCUCCUCUGCGCUGGAGCGGCAGCAGCUCUGUGAGCGAGUGUUUCAGGGAGGAGAAGAGGAGAUGGGGCUGCUGGAGGCGCUCAAGCUGCUGAUGCUGAACCGAGCGGUGGAGCUGCACGGCUGCAUGCAGGCCAGCGGAGACGUGCCCCUCUUCUGCUGGCUGCUGUUUGCCCGAGACUCCUCCGACUGCCCGCGCUCUUUUCUCUCCAACCACCUCAGCCACGUGGGCCUCAGUGCUGGCCUUGAGCAGGUGGAGAUGUUCCUGCUGGGCUACGCCUUGCAGUGCACUAUUCAAGUUUACAGACUGUACAAGGCCGACACAGAGGAGUUCGUCACCUACUACCCAGACGACCACAAAGAGGACUGGCCGUCCGUGUGCCUCGUCACCGAGGACGACCGCCACUACAAUGUGCCGGUUGUAGAAGUUUCAGAACUUCACGAGGAGCUCGACUCGAGCUGAUGCCACAGCAGAGAAGUCUCCUGCCAUACACACAAAACACUCCUCAGGUCCUUCAAGAUGAUAGAUUUACAACAAAUAAAAGAAGUAAUGCGACAGUUUGGGAACUAAGAUCCUGCUCUCGUGAGGAGAUUGACACCACUGAUGCCUGCAUGUUAAAUGGUAGGGGAAAGUUUGCUUAAUGCUGCACAAACACUAACAAGGGGAAGCAGUUUGUCAUGGUUUCCUUAAAGGUGAAAUAAUCCACUUACCAGCAUCUCUAAGGCUUAAUGAUACAGACUUUAUCCUUCAUAAAGCAACACUGGGGACUGUUCCCAAAUACUUUAGAUGGUAUGUUGACUCAUAGUAAGGACACAAGUGCUUUUAAAUAUCCUGUUCUGUCCUGAGAACCCAAUUCAACACUCUGCAACUAGAUUGAGCAGAGAAUGUUUCGUGCAAGAAUUGUGCAGCGCUUUAUGGCACGUCUUUCCUGGCAGAAAUCCUUGAAAUAAAAUUCCCUAGUAACUGAAAAUUGCUUGAAAAUCAAAAAGAGGAAGUGACUAAUGAGUGGAAAAUCUCAAACUAGCUUUUAAGUUCACACAAGAGUAAGUUGGGGGCGCCAAGUUGCAAAAAAGUGCUAUUUUUUGUCCCUUUUGGCACUCUGUAGUUAAGCUGCCGCAGUGUCUUCCUGCUUCCUGCUGUCGCCGUUAUGAAAAAUAACACCACAGUGCUUUUGAAUGGAACGUCUUCCUUAAAACACUCCCAUACUACUCAGUUGAAAGGUCCAUAUUAACAUCAAAAUAUCAUCAUUUAGAAAUUGGAUUUAAUAUGGAGUUACUUGAGAUUAAGUAUUGAAAUUCAGCUAUCAAUCGUAAUGCAAAGAUAUAAUCGUUUGACCGCGCUAGUUCAUAAGUAAGCAUUAGGCAAAUUGUACUCCCUCAGGGUGCAGGAAGGCAACCCGUUUCCUGUUUCCAGUCUUCAUUUUAUGCUAAGCUAACACGCAGCUAGAUGUAGCUUCAUAUAGACGAGUGGUGUCAAUCUUUUUCGUCUGGAGAAGAUUAAAUAAGUUCCCAAAAUGUCGAUCUACUCCCAAUAAAGAUAUGCUGAUUUGAGACCCUGUACAAGACGUGGUUUACACACUUUUGUACACACUGUACUGUAUACAGAGUUUUCUAUUUGCAUAUGUGUACAUAUCUGUUCAACUGAUAUUGUGAGAUCUCAGUUAGGCCCAAAUUAGUUUGCAGGGUGUCGGUUUGACGACCUUUUGUGUUUUACCUUUUAUUCUAAAAAAAAGUUGCUGCGUUCAGCGCCAAAAUGAUAAAAUGUCCUGUGUUUACACUGGAAUUUGGGCACUUUAAUUUCAGUAUUAAUUUAUUGUUUUUGUUGUGUGUUUAAAAAAUGCAUUUUAAAUGAAUACGUGUGACAGCGAUCAGUGAAACAGCUGAAUUAGUAAGCAGAGGGUUUGACGACUUAUCAGGUUUAACAACAGCUCACACCAGAUGACGAUCGGAGGACUGAGAGGACUCAUCGCAGCCUCUGUGUCAGGCGUGAUUUGUGAUGAUCUGUGAUGAUCUGUGUGUGUGUUUGCAGCUGUGUGUGUGUCAAACUCAAUGUGUAACAUGUUGCCUUUAACCAAGCUGUUCCGAGGGGGAAAACGUGCCAAUGUUGCUGCAAAUACUGGCAGCCUUCCCAGCCACCAGCCACUGGAUUCAGAAGAAAACGCUCACUUGGUCCUCCAUGUUGCCUUAGAAAAAAUGCACAAUAAGAAUGAAUGUUGGUCAUUAGUGAUACGAGGCUGGUUCUUUUCCCUGAUUCCAGAGCAGGUGAAGCUCAUUCAUUAACAUUAAAAAAGAAAGAUGGAGAUGCCAUUUCAGGAAGGAUCUUGUUGUUAGACUUUGGGAUGGCAUUUAGUUCAAAUAAAAGUAAAAUUUUUGUAAAGGUCUUUUCUUUUCCUGUAAUGAUUGAUUGAUUUUAUUAGUAUGAUAUUUUAACGUUUCCUAAUUUAAUGAAAGAAGAGCUGAUGUAAGUUCUAAAGGUAUGCUACAGUAAUCAUUAUACAUUACAUCUGUUUGGAGCCUAAACAGAGGGUGAAAACUUGGUUAAAUAAAAUGGAUUUUCCUACGGCCUA